AUACAUAAUUUGCACUGUAGCUCUUUGACUUAUCGGCUCUAGUUUUUAACAAUUCGGCAGUUAUCUGUUACUCUUGGCUUAGAAAGUGUGGCUUAAUUCGGAAAUAUGACCAAAACCCGCGCACUUUCACUCUGAUAGGCUUUUAUUAUGAUCUGGUCGAAGUUUCUGUUCACUCCAGAACUUAGGUUGCUUUUAUUUUACGUGAAUAUCUGGCAACAAAGCUAGUUAGCUUCCUGCUAGUUGUUGUUGUCAUGGAUGCUGAUUUCCUGCUCGCCAUUCAGCUUCAGGAACAGUUCGACACCGAGUACCAGACUUCCCAGAUCCCACCGGACUGUUUUCUGGAGGAUGGCUUCGGACAUAGCAGUAAGAAACAGAAAGCUGAGCCACAUGGAGGUGGCAGCGGCGCUGUUACCCGCUGGAAGCCGCCGACCGUUCAGCCCGAGAGGCCGCUGAGCAUCGUAGACAAGUCCUGGGAGAUGCUGGACCCCAACCCGGACUUGAGGUCCAUGUUUCUGGAGUUCAACGACAUGUUCUUCUGGGGGAAACUCAACGGAGUGGAGGUCAAGUGGAGCCCCAGAAUGACCCUGUGUGCCGGUGUGUGCUCUUAUGAAGGCCGAGGUGGACUCUGUUCGAUCCGGCUCAGCGAGCCUCUGCUGAAGCUGAGGCCCAGAAAAGACCUGGUUGAGACUCUCCUCCAUGAAAUGAUCCACGCGCUCCUGUUUGUGACCCAGAACGACCGAGACAGAGACGGACACGGACCCGAGUUCUGCAAACACAUGAACAGGAUCAACAAGGCCAGCGGGACCAAAAUCACUAUCUACCACAGCUUCCAUGAUGAAGUCGACGUUUACCGGCAGCACUGGUGGCGAUGCAACGGGCCCUGCCAGAACCGCAAGCCUUACUUUGGGUACGUGAAGAGGGCCAUGAACCGGGCCCCGUCCUCUCUGGACCCCUGGUGGGAGGACCACCGGAGGUCAUGCGGUGGGACUUACACUAAGGUCAAAGAGCCUGAAGGAUACGGGAAAAAAAACAAGAAGACCUCGGAGAAGAAGACAGCAGGGACUGGGAAACCUUCAGAAACAGUCAAAGCUUCUGGAUCUCAGGACAUCAGGAACGUCAUCCCUUUCAGCGGGAAAGGCUUCCUGCUGGGAGGGAUGUCCCAAACCUCCUCCUCUUCCGCUCCAUCUCGCUCGCCAUCAGUGCCUUUUUCGUCCAUCUCCGUCUCCUCUCCAGUUUGCUCCGGCUUAUCGGAUCAAACCAACUCCAUCUCAAACGCCCGACCCUCUUUCGGAGUAAAACCUCCUGCGAAGAGAUCCGUUGGAAACACCAGAGUGUUUGCCAAUGUUAACGGCUCUCCGGUGAAAGUUUCUAAAUCUCCGGGAGAGAGGAUGAGACAAGCUUCCAUUCAGGAGCUGUUCGACAGCGCCACCAUCAGGAAGUCAGGAGAAACCACAGAGACUUCCCCUUCCUCUACAUCCAACUCCAGUUUGCAGCUGUCGCCUCUAAAACUAGCAGCACCUGCAGGCGGCGCUGCAACGCCGGCUCAGUCCAAGUAUUUCAGCGACUCUGGGGUUCAAAAUGGAGGCCAGGCGUCGAGGAAAAGGUCGCGGGACGACCGAAGCACCUCAGCCAGCAUCUUUGAUUUCUUUGAGAAGACAAUGAACAGCAGCUCAACAGCAGCGAGGGAGACAGGAAAGACGCAGACGGCGUCAGCCGCCACCCCAGCAUCGCUUCACAGCGGGAGCUCCUCCUCUUCCUCAUCUUCCUCCUCUUUGGUGAUGAUGGUCAGCUGUCCUGUCUGCCAGGCUAAAAUUCAGGAGCAAAAAAUUAACGAGCAUCUUGAUUCCUGCCUUUCAUGAAUGGCGUUUAAAUUAAAAACUCUGUCACAGAUUUUUAGGAAUUUAUACGGAAGAGGAUAAGUGCCAAAAAAAAUUAUAAUAAUUUCGACUCUAAUAUUAAAUUGCUAGAAUUCUGACUUUAUUCUUAGAAUUCUGAGAAAAUUCAGAUUUUUUUUUCUCAGAAUUUAGAUUUUGUUUACAGAAUUUUCACUUUAAUAUUCUGAACUCUGAGAAAAGAGUCAGAAAUCUGAUUUUAAUCUCAGAAAUCAGAUUUUAAUCUCACAAAUUUGACUCGGACUUUAAUCUUCUAUGAUCAAAAGUCAAAAUUCGGCAAAUUUUUUUUUUCUUUUUCAAAAUUCUGAGAAUUCUGACUUUAAUCUCACAAUUCAGACUUUUUAGUCAGAAUUCCACCAAAUUAUUUUCACAAAAUUUUGACUUUAAUCUCAGAUUUUUUACUUUUUUUUCCCCGAAGAUUUUGACAGCAGAAU